AUGUUGAUGAGAAACAGUAAUAGAUUGGCAUGCCUUAUUAAGGGCAAUGUAUCAUCCUCAACAACAUUGUCAUCAUCACUUGGUCGCUCUACGACACUUGCGACUACUACUACGACGACAAAGAACAGAAGUAAUCAAUGUCUAUACUACAGCACAGACAAUAAUAACAAAGUGGAUAACAACAAGGAUGAUGUUGCCUCAAAGCUUUCAAAGAGAUCACAACAAGCAAAGGAGUACUCAUUCUCUGUUGACAAGAGCGGUCUAAAGCGAUUCCCUGCAACAGUUCAUACGAAUGAAAAGAAGUAUGCUAUAACAGAGUUUGAGAAGUAUCUUCAAACGAAUGCACAGGUUAGAGGACCAUUCUCAAUUGAUACACUGAUAAAGGAGUGUCUGACCAACCCAAAGUAUGGUUACUACAUGAACAAGGAUGUGUUUGGAAAGGGUGGCGACUUCAUCACUGCACCAGAGAUCUCACAGCUCUUUGGCGAGAUGAUUGGCAUCUGGUGUGUAGCCACCUGGGAGAGCAUGGGCCGACCUCCCCGUCUGCAACUAGUCGAGCUAGGACCUGGCAGAGGCACACUCAUGCAUGACAUACUUCGCUCCACUAAAGUGUUUAAGGACUUCUACAAAGCGAUAUCAUGUCAUAUGGUUGAGGUAAGCCCUCACUUGUCAAAGAUGCAGCGAACAAAGUUACUGUACUUUAAAGAUGAUAAGGAGGGCGCAGUCAGUGGAAAGACACCAGAGGAUAUCAGCGUAACAUGGCACGAGAGCAUUGAUCAAGUGCCAAACAACACGCCAUCAUUGUACAUUGCUCAGGAGUUCUUUGACGCGCUCCCAAUCAAUGUGUUCAAGUUCUCCAAGCAGAAGGGCUGGUGCGAGGUCCUGGUCGACGAGGACAUCACCAAGGACGGCCCGUAUCACCUGCGCUUCGUCCUUUCGCCAGGUCCCACAAUGAUGUCCAACGCCAUCCAAUAUCUGUUGCCAGAGUUUGGCGUGGAGGACUUCACCGUGGAGCUGGGCGUGGCGGGUCUGGGCAUUGCACAAAAGAUUGCGCUGCGCAUACAACAACAUUCUGGCGCCGCACUAAUCAUUGACUAUGGCCAGGACAAAUCGAUGCAGAACAGUCUGCAAGCCAUCAGGAAUCACGAGUUUGUCGACAUUCUCGAUCAUCCAGGCACUGCCGAUCUCUCCUCAUGGGUGGACUUUGCCGCCAUCAGGAAAUGUAUUAAGCAUCUUAAGAAGGAUGUGACAGCCAUUGGUCCAGUGGAUCAGGGCAUAUUCUUAAAGGAGAUGGGCAUUGAUCAUCGCAUUGAGAAGAUCGCCAAGAACUUGGAGAAGGAUGUCACCAAGCUGGAAGACCUCGCCAAAUCAUAUUAUAAGCUGGUCAGUCCAGAGGAGAUGGGAUCAUCUUACAAAGUAAUAACUAUACUGGAUAAGAAACUAAGUCCAAUUGGAUUCUCAACGGCCAAGUCAUACGAUGACGAGGAUAUGAUGAUCAGU